AUGCUGCGCAGGCCGGAGUUUCGGGUGUUGCCAGCAGCUCUCCGGGAUCAGAUCAGAAAUAUGCGCAUGAAAGGCAUGGCCACUUUAGUUGCAAUAGGGGAUUUCACUGAUACUUGUUUGGAUUUGGCAAAUCAGGAUGAACCGUGGAACAUGUUGAGGUAUAAUGAAUUGGAGCAACGCUGGAAACCUUUAGCCAACAAUCUUCCUUCAGACAUGAUCAAUGUGAGAGGUUAUGGAUCUGCUGUUCUGGACAACUACCUGUUUAUUGUUGGUGGGUACAGAAUGACUAGUCAAGAGAUCUCGGUCGCCCACUGCUACAACCCUUGCAAGAAUGAAUGGAAUCAUGUAGCACCUUUAAACCAAAAAAGGUCCAACUUCAAGCUCUUGGCGGUCAGCGGCAAACUAUAUGCAGUUGGAGGUCAUUGUCUGGGUACGGUGGAGUGCUACAGUCCCGAACAGGACUGGUGGACGUGUGUCUCCUCUUUGCCCAACCCACUGGCUGAGUUCUCAGCCUGCGAGUGUCAAGGCAUGAUCUAUGUCAUGGGCGGUUAUACGGCUAGAGAUCGGAACACCAGCGUGCUGCGCUACUGCCCCGCCUCUGACACAUGGUCUGUGUUUCAUUCCUGCUCCGCUCAUGUACGCAAGCAGCAGAUGCUCUCAGUGGAAGACACCAUCUACCUGGUGGGCGGCUACACGCAUGAGCUAGAACCAGCAGAAGCAGGACGUCGGAGGAUUAACCAGACCGAUGACAUGUUGACGGUACAGUCCUACAACGUGCAGACGGGCGACUGGCUGCAGCUUAAGGAAAACACAUCCAAGUCGGGGCUGAAUCUCACCUGCACGCUGCACAACGACGGUAUCUACAUCAUGAGCAGAGACGUCAGCUUGCCCACCAGCUUGGAGCAUCGUGUCUUCCUCAAAUACAACAUAUUCUCAGACGCUUGGGAGAGUUUUCGACGUUUCCCAGCUUUGGGACAGAACAUGCUGCUUUGUUCUCUUUACCUGCCAAAUGUCCUAUGA